AUUUCAUUGUCUAGCGAGGGGAUUGGUAAAGAAAUCUGCUGAAUUCGAGGGGUUCGUUGAUUCCCGUACUCUACCAAAGCUCUGCGGGGUCUGACCUGGAGCGAGCAGAACGUGUGUGUUUCAACAUCCUCCAAACACAGCGUAAGAGCAGCUAAACGUGUCACGAUGGCUGGAUGCUGGUGUGAAUAGACGGUGUGUUUCUGCUGUAUGCUGAGAUUAACAGUAGCUGAAGCUGAUUCCUGGGGUCUCUCAGUGCAUCCAUCAGAGGGAUGGAAAAAUGGCUGGAAAAGAGGAGCAUUCACACUAUGAACCUGCGGUCUGUAUUCACCGCCGAGCAGCAGCGGAUCCUGGAGCGCUAUUAUGAGAGCGGCAUGACCAAUCAGAGCAAGAGCUGCUUCCAGCUCAUCCUGCAGUGUGCUCAAGAGACCAAACUCGACUUCAGCGUGGUUAGAACAUGGGUAGGGAACAAGCGUCGGAAGCUGUCUAAGGCCGAUCAGAACGGUGCUGCUGCUCAUGCUCUGUCCCAUCAGCAUGUUUCUUGUGCAUCUGCUGGCUCGGUGCUGACGGCUGAGAUGGGGGCCAUGCGGAGCAUUCAGCACGGCCCCCCGGUGACCCACCUCCUCCCUCCGCAGGCCUCGUCCUCCUCAUCCUCCUCUUCUCCAUCAUCUUCCUCCCCGCUCAGCGACGUGAUUCUGACAGGCAUUUACGCCAGCUGCUUCAAUGCUGCUACUCACAAUAGGACAGGGAUGAAAUCAUUGCCCACACACUCAGAAAUAGAGCCGGCCGCUCACGAUUCUGCGAAUGCAGCAAUGCAUCGCACCUCCAUCGCAGCCGGGAUACAUCGGAGAGCCCCCAUCAUCCCCGGCUCCAGUGCGCUCAAGUGCAGCCAGACGCUCAAACCCUUCACCUCCAGAGACUCCGCCGGAAUCGCUCCCAGUUGGGCCGAACAGUGCAGAACCUCCCAGCGUCCGUCAUGGCCUCAGACGUCCCCACAGAAACCAGCCCCGGUGCAUCGCGGCCCCGCAGACGCUCAGAUUCAGCAUGUUUUCACCCGAUCAGACCCGGCGGGGAGGAAGACGAGGCCGGUCGAGGCGUCGGAGGUGUUCUCGAUCGCGAUGGAGACGGCUGACGCUGAUGACGAGUACGCCAGAGAAGAGGAGCUGGCUAACAUGGCGCAGCAGAUGCAGUGUGGUAAAGGCUGUGUGGAUGGUGGGCGGAGCUCCAGCACAGCUUCCUCUUCCUUGAUUGACAGCCCGGGACUCACCUGUGCGCUCAACCCCUCAAACUCUGCUCUCUUUGGAGAGAAAGGAAGUCAAACCAGCAGCUCCUCACUGAGCAGAACAUCCUCCCCCAGCAGCUUCCCAUUAAAACUGCUCUCGCUGACAUCUUCCAGAAUCCCCUGUCUCAAGGUGACGAGUAACAUGUCGGCUCCCUGGCUUCAUAGUAACUCGCGGAAAAGAACGCUGCAGGACAGGACGCAGUUUAGCGACAGAGACCUGUACACGCUGAAGCGCUACUGGGAUAAAGGCAUGACCAGCCUGGGCUCUCUGUGCAAAGAGAAGAUCUCAGCGGCAGCCAGUGAACUCAGUGUGGACACUGAAAUCAUCAAGACGUGGAUUGGUAACCGCAGACGGAAGUACCGUUUGAUGGGCAUUGAAAUCCCUCCGCCUAAAGGAGGGCCGGUCGCGUUCCCAAAUCAGACCGAUCCUCAUUCCCCUCACAUCCUCGAAGACGAGCGUCUGACCCCUGAACUAGGAGAGGCCAGCGAACACAAUGGCAUCGUGUCACUCUGUUUGUCUGACGAUGGAGCCAGUGAUUUAUAUCUAAAGGAAAAUGAUGAUGUGAACGAUGAAUCAGAUGGUUCCACCUCUGCUAAACAUGUGAAGAUUGAAAUCGUCGAAGAUGAUGAUGAUGAUGAUGACAUUUUGACCACAGAGAUGGAACAGAUGCAAAACCUCUUAGAGUUCAAGAAUGAAGAAGUGCAGUUCCUUGAGAAUGAGCUGCGGAGCCAGAAACAGAAGUUCUCAAAGCUGAAGAGCUUCACCAGAAGCCUGCUGAUCGCUGUGAAAAACAAAGACCGAAAGAAACAGCGGGAGCUGUUAGCCAGUCUACCUCAGAAAGUGAAUGAGGACUGGGACCUGGGCCUGGAAAACCACAGCGAGUCUGGCGCAGAGAUGCCCACCAUCCAGAAACAGUCCUCUGUAUCAGAGGAGGAGGAGGACACGGAUCAGAUGAGACUAUAAAUGCUUACUCACACAUGCCACAUAGUGCCUGUGGAAACGAAAAAACAACUGUUGGAUCCCACGGGUCAUUUUCUACAGCAUAUGUCAUAUCAGACUGCCUUGGCCGGGUCCAGUGCUAUCAAAUAAAUGCCACUAAGUCAACACA